GUAUUAUUCGGUUCAUUCAUCCCUCUCCUCUCCUUUCCGACUCCUCGCAGCCGCCAAAUCGCAAGGGCAGCAGCAAGCAGCGCCACGAGGCCACGCGACCACCGCCUCCUCCUCUCCCUCGUCGUCGCCUCCGGCCGAUUCCCUCAGCUCCCCCUGCCAUCGCAAUGACGAAGAAGCAGCGUCGGGAGGCCAGCGCGAGGCGGCAGCAGCAGCAGGGCCGGCAACGGAGGCGGCCGCCGGCUCUGCUGCAGGCGCGCGAUGAGCGCUCCGUCUCCUGCACCACGUUCAACAUCCUGGCGCCGAUCUACAAGCGCAUGGACUCUGAGAAUUGCAGGGAGAGCCAGAACAGGGCCAACUGGUUUAGCAGGAAUGAGAAGAUCAUCGACCGCCUCCUCGCCGAUCGCUCCUCCAUCAUCUGCCUUCAGGAGGUGUGGCUGGGGAACGAUGAGCUGGUGAACAUGUACGAGAAGCGGCUUGGUGAGGCGAAUUAUAUGAUGUUCAAGCUUGCCCGCACAAACAAUCGUGGUGACGGUCUUCUGACUGCUGUACAUAGAAACUACUUCCGAGUCUUAAACCACCGGGAGCUGCUUUUUAAUGAUUUUGGAGAUCGAGUUGCUCAGCUGUUGCACGUUGAGUCAGCCAUGCCCUUCUGGCAGAAUCGAAGCAGCAGCUGUGUCCAGCAGCAGAGUCUCAUCGUGAACACCCAUUUGGUUUUCCCUCAUGAUCACAGCCUUUCAAUAGUUCGGCUGAAGCAGGUAUAUAAGAUCCUUCAGUACAUAGAAGCUUACCAGGAAGAGCAUAAACUUGGUCCAAUGCCAAUUAUCCUAUGUGGUGAUUGGAAUGGAAGUAAACGUGGCCAAGUUUACAAAUUCCUUCGUUCGCAAGGUUUUGUUUCCUCAUAUGACACUGCUCAUCAGUAUAGUGACAGCGAAGAAGAUGCACACAAGUGGGUGAGUCAUCGAAAUCAUAGAGGGAACAUCUGUGGAGUUGAUUUUAUAUGGCUUCUAAACCCAGAUAAGUGCAGGAAGCCCCUGAAAAUUAGCUGGAAUGAAGCUGUCUUUGGCAUUAUCAAGUAUCUUCUUCUCCAAGCUGCAUCUCUUUCAGAGACAAAUGCAUUUGCACUUCUCAAGGCUGACACCCCUGAUGAUCAUAUCACAUAUUCAAGCUUCUGCCAGGCACUUUGUCAGUUAGGAAUGGUCCAUCCUGAUCGCGUAAAUUCUGAAGAACUGGAAGAUCUGUGGAAUGAAGCUGACCGAGACAGGGAUGGUGUUGUUGACUACACAGAAUUUCAGCGGUGUAUCUGGAGCCCUAAAUGUUACAGUCAAGAAGAAGAGGAUGAUACUGAAACCGACGUCACUGACGAAAGCAUCGUCACAUUUCAGGCGAACGAUGAGGCCUUUGGCUUCACUGUGAAGGAAGCUGUUCUCUUCCCCCCAGAAGUAGAGAAGGGCAUGUGGCCUGAGAACUACAGCCUCUCAGACCAUGCCCCUCUAACCGUGGUUUUCUCCCCUGUAAGAAUGCCUUGCUCUCCGCGCACUCCUCGGUCUCCCUAGCUAUGAAAUGCCAGUAUAAAGAUAAAAGCCUUGUACAGCCUUUUAGGUAUACAGUCAGAUAUAUACACCAGAGUGAGGUUUAGGUACCCAAAGUAGUAACAUGGGCCAACUGACUUGGGUUGCUGUUGGCCUACCCGUUGAAGGGGCGUGCUGCUGCCUGUUGCUGAACUGUUAUUUUUGUAAGCUUGCCUCCACGUGUUCAUAAAUGUAAAUUUUGCUCUCUUUUCAUGCGUGUAAGCUAAAUUGAAUCACGAAACGCUUGUGAGAGACAUUUGACGGACAAUCAAAGUCGAAUUAGCUUGUUGUGGUUUUUUGAGACAAA